UAACAAUUGUUGACCGCGCAAGUGAGAAAGUUACGAAAAUGACAAAAAUUACUUUUACAAUAUUGGCGUUGGCGUUGAUCGUUCUCACUCCAAAUUACUUGGAAUCUGCGAAAAUACUCUCAAUAUUUCCUUUCACGGGUCCUUCGCAAUACUUGCUCGUCCAGCCGUAUUUGAAGGCAUUGGCAGCGCGCGGUCAUGAAAUCACUUCCGUUUCGGUAUUUCCGCAGAAAACUCCACUGAAAAAUUUUCGAGAUAUAGCUAUAAAAAAUACAGAUGCUGAUCAUAAUGAUUAUAUAAAGUAUGCCAUGGAAAAUUUCGCUGGAAGUAAACUAAAUGAAUUGCGUUUCGUGAAGGGUUAUGUAUUGCCGGCAACUUUGGCAGUGCUGAAAAAUGAGGAAUUCCAGCAACUGUUGUGGUCGAAUGAAGAAUUUGAUCUCAUUAUUAUUGAAGUAUUCUCUCAAGAGGCACUCUAUGCUUUGGGCCACCAUUUUAAAGCGCCCAUGAUUGGUGUCUCAACAUUCGGCAGAGAUGUGGUUGUCGAUCAGUUGGUGGACAAUGUUUCACCAGUAUCAUAUGUGUCAGCGCCUAGUGGCAGGCAGUUGCAUGAAAUGAAUUUCUGGCAACGUUUAGAUAAUUUAUAUAUCAACACUAUGGAAUGGCUAUACGAUAAGCUCGUUUUAUUGCCUGCACAACAACGAUUUUAUGAGCAGUAUUUCCCCAAUGCCACAUUAGAUUUAAGUGAGGUACGUAGAAAUUUCUCACUUUUGCUGCUCAAUCAACACUACGCAUUCAGCUGGGCGCGUCCACUAGUGCCGAACGCAAUUGAAAUCGCCGGCAUGCAUGUUGAACACAUUCCAAAGAAACUACCAGCCGAUAUGGAGGCUUUCAUCAAUGCCUCGCCAAAAGGUGCUAUCUAUUUCUCACUCGGUUCGAAUAUAAAGAGUACAUACUUGCCCAGAGAAAAAUUGAGCGCCAUUAUGGAUGCCUUCGCCUCGUUGCCAGUAAACGUGUUGUGGAAGUUCGAAAAGACCGAUCUACCGGGUAAACCUAAAAAUGUCUUCAUCAAUAAAUGGUUUCCACAACAAGACAUACUUGCACAUCCCAAAGUGAAAUUGUUCAUCACACAUGGUGGCAUGCAUAGUAGCAUAGAGGUUGUGCAUCAUGGCAAACCGAUUGUGGGUUUGCCCGUCUUCUACGAUCAGCAUUUGAAUGUGGAGCGCGCUGUGAACAAUGGCUUGGGAGUAGGUUUGGAUUUUAGAAAUUUCACCAGCGAAGAAUUUCGUGACGCCAUUUUAGAAGUGUUAAACAAUCCCACGUAUGCGGAAAGAGCGCGUGAAGUCUCAGCAGGCUUUCAUGAUCGACCAAUGAAACCGCUCGAUGCAGCGAUCUAUUGGACGGAGUAUGUGCUGAGACAUAAAGGUGCACCACAACUGCGUGUGGCAGCGCGUCAUUUGAACUUCUUGCAAAGGCAUAGCGUAGACACAAUGGCAGUAUUGUUUGGUAUUCCAAUUUUGUUAGCGAUUUCAGUAAUCUACUGUAUUUUUAAGUUAUCACUUGUUGUUUAUGGUAGCAAAAGUAUUUCGCAAUGUGAUGUAAAGAAACGUAAAGCAGAAUAGAUUAUUUGUGGUAUGAUUAUUUAUACAUAAAUUGGAAAAUAAACAUUUAAAUGA